ACAGAAGUGGUCGGUUUCAUCAUCCAAUGGGCUCUGCGUGUUUGUGGAUGUGACACUGCAGUGGAAGGAGGCCAAGAGCCUAUAGUAGCAAUCCUGGGGAAAACUUAAACAGCUGUGGCCAUGUAAUUUAAAACCUCUGAAAUGUGUGUGCUGCGGUUCGUGCACAGCGUUAGUAUAACAUGAGGACUGGAUGUAGCCAGUUUUCCGGAGGACUUCCUUGCCUGCUGCAGGAAGGAGAGACUGGAAGACAAACCUGGGUGCAGCCAGAAAGGUCCAGAUAGAUGAGCUUGUGGCAUCCAUUCGCUAAAUUCAGGGACUACUCGUACCUCAGCUGGGUCUCAUUGUUCCUGAACUACAUUAGUUAAAAUUACCCAAACUUGGGUUUCAAAGGAAUAGUUUUAUUGUUCCAUCUGUCACACCAAGUAAUUGGGGCCAGCUGGAUGUCAGGAUGCGUGUGGUUACCAUCAUAAUCCUGCUGUUCUUUUGUAAAGCCGCUGAGCUCCGCAAAGCAAGCCCUGGGGGUUCCAGAAGCCGAGCAAAUCAUGGCCGGGCUAGUGGGGGCCGCAGAGGCUCCAACCCCGUCAAACGAUACGCACCAGGCCUCCCUUGCGAAGUGUACAUGUAUCUUCACGAGAAAUACUUAGACUGUCAAGAAAGAAAGCUAGUUUAUGUGCUGCCUGACUGGCCUCAAGAUUUGCUGCACAUGCUAUUAGCAAGAAACAAGAUCCGUAUAUUAAAGAACAACAUGUUUUCCGCAUUCAAAAAGCUGAAAAGCCUGGAUCUGCAACAGAAUGAGAUCUCCAAAAUAGAGAAUGAGGCCUUCUUUGGUUUAAAUAAACUUACCACUCUUUUACUGCAGCACAACCAGAUCAAAAUCUUGACAGAAGAGGUGUUCAUUUAUACACCUAUCCUGAACUACCUGCGUCUUUAUGACAACCCCUGGCACUGUACUUGUGAGAUGGAAACACUUAUUUCAAUGUUGCACAUUCCAAGAAACCGAAAUUUGGGGAACUAUGCCAAGUGUGAAAGCCCACAAGAACUAAAAGAUAAAAAACUGCGGCAGAUAAAACCUGAACAGUUAUGUGAUGAAGAAGAAAAGGAAGAAUUGGACCCCAAACCCCAACUGUCAGGGAGACCCCCAAUUAUCAAGCCUGAGGUGGACUCUUCUCUUUGCCACAAUUAUGUGUUUCCCAUACAAACGCUGGACUGCAAAAGGAAAGAGUUGAAGAAAGUUCCAAACAAUAUCCCUCCAGAUAUUGUUAAACUUGACAUGUCAUACAAUAAAAUCAAGCAACUUCGACCCAAGGAGUUUGAAGAUGUUCACGAGCUAAAGAAAUUAAACCUCAGCAGCAAUGGCAUUGAAUUCAUAGAUCCUGCUGCUUUUUCAGGGCUCACACAUUUAGAAGAGUUAGAUUUAUCAAACAACAACCUACAAAAUUUUGACUACGGAGUAUUAGAAGACUUGUAUUUUUUGAAACUCUUGUGGCUCAAAGAUAACCCUUGGAGAUGUGACUACAACAUCCACUACCUCUACUACUGGUUAAAGCACCACUACAAUGUCCACUACAAUGGCCUGGAGUGCAAAAUGCCUGAAGAAUACAAAGGGUGGUCUGUGGGGAAGUAUGUUCGGAGUUACUAUGAAGAAUGCCCCAAAGACAAAUUACCGGCAUACCCUGAAACAUUUGACCAGGAAACAGAAGAUGAUGAAUGGGAAAAAAUACAUAGGGAAAGCACAGCAAAGAAGCAAAGUGUAAGAAUCACUAUAAUAGGGUAGCUUAGAAAUGGUCACAUCUAGUUUUGUAUUGUUAUACUAGUAUCAGAAAAUUGUAUGUUUCCAUUUUAAUUACCUAUGUUGCCUAUUUAUACAGGGCUAUCCAGCUACAUGAAGUUUCCUUUAAUUAUUUUAAUAUUUUUAUUGUGACAAUUAUAGUAAUCAGGGGAAUACUCUCAUCCUGCCUGCCUGGUUGCAGAUCAGCCUUUGGUGACAAUUCUACACCAGGUAACUAGCAGGCGUCUGAAUCCUCACGAUGGCAUUAGAGUUUCUGUAAUGUCCUGUAUAAAUAUUUUUACUUUUGGAAAAUAAUAAAAAAAAACUUGUUUCAUUUUACAUGCUUUUAAAUAGCUUCUUCUAUAUACUUAAAGAUGGUCAAAGUGCAAAGAUACAAAUGCUUAGUUAUAAUAAAAUGUCAUUCUCUCCACUUGGCCCCUACCCUGCUUUUUUUUUUUCUUGUUCAUUAAAUAAGUUUAUACAUUGAAUAAAUUUCCAUUUCUGAUUCCUGUGCAUUUCAGAAUGAGGUCCUGGUAAACUCAAAUUCUCAACUCUUCACUGAUUCUUGCAAAAAAAAAACCUGUCAAGCUACAACUGAAGGAGAAUUGUCACAAGCAAUAAGUAGGGAAUCUGAGAAUUAUAUUGGAGGCUGGUCAGAAGAUGGGACACUGUGAAGAAGUUGUAGAUGGUGUGAAUCAUGAGUCCUAAAGAGGUAUAAACACUAAUAAAUGUGGAAACAGCAUUGGUUUCUGAACUAGGGAACCAAUGGGAAAGACCUAAGUCCUUCCUGCUGAACAAGUAUGUUAAGAAGCGUAAGACAAAGGGUGAAAUUAGGAUUCAAAGUCAUCGUUUGGGAUGAAGAGAAAACAAGGGAGUUAUAGCAGGUGCAAUUGAGGGAGGGACUGGCACGGAAGAGAAACCCCUGAGAUUUGAACUUGAGGGUUAAAAUUAGCUCACCUAGAGAAACACAUCACCAGGAAAGAAAAACAGGAAAUACCUGGAAACAUUAAGUCCCUUACCCAGCAGUUUGCAUUUCUGUAAUCAGUUGUACCCUGCAUACAUUAAAAGAAAAAAGUACAUAUUCUUAGAUACACUACUUUUUCCUGUUAAGAGAUUUCUUUUUCAUGUUGAGUUUAAUAAAUUCUCUUCUCCUGUCGAAGUAGUCUUAGGAAGUUUAGCAGUUGGUCUUGAUAUUUGCACAAAUUCUCAAAGCAGAGAUGAUGAUUUAUGACUAAUAGUACUGAUCAUUUCUUAAGCAUCUACUAAAUGCCAAACUGUCAGCUUUAAGUUUCACAUACUCUAUUUCUAAUCCUCACAAUAUCCCUCUGAGAGAUAAGGAAUCGAAGCAUUAGGGUUUAGAUAAUUACGCCUAAGCCCUUUCUCCUAUGCGGGUCUACAGAAUGCUCUCUGAAAAACUACCCUUGGCCAUAGCUGCCUUACAUUAGAACUUCCACAACCAGACUUCAAAACAGGAACAGAGGUACCAGGAAAGUUAAGCCUUUUUUCUGCAGAAACACACAUGAGGGUCACUGGCAGGAAGGAGUCUGGUCAUUUAAAUCUGUAUGAAUAUGUAGAAUAAAUCAAGAGAAUAGAAAACUAGAGCUGAUGGUUCAGGAGAUGACUGGAUUGUGAGAUUCUGACCACUCUGCCCAUUUUACCAAUGGUUUGGGUCAGGGGUAGAGCCUUAGAGACAGACACUAGUUCUCAAUGAAAAUCAUCAAAUUAUUCACUAUGCAGUAUUAAAGGCAGCUCUUGAAUUUGAAAUGAAGAGACAUAUUAAAUUCAUUUAUUUUUCAUGCACUCAGAGUAAAAUACUCAAUAAGUCUCCCAAGUGGGACUUCCUAGGAGAUGGAGGCAUGCAUGCAGUGGGGACAUGAGGGUGCUGGAAAGAAAUCAGAUUAAAUAUGACUCAGAGAAAGAGUUCAAGCUACUCUCUAGUUUAAUUUUUGGAGGCUAGUUGGGGAUUUUAUUCGUUGAUUUUUAUAAUCAGUAUCGUCCCCCCAGGAUCCAUUUGGAAAUAAAGCUCUGGAACACAUCGAAAAAGAAAUUGAUCCAGACCAUCCAAAAGUAAGUCAGUUUGAGUUGUUAAUAUCCCCUAGGGUCUAAAUUGAAGUGCAUUUUUUGAAAGCUUGAGAUUUUCCACCUCUCUCUAUCAGAGUUUAUACUUUUUAAGGGAAGCACAAUUGACCAAUCAUGGAAUGAACAAUUAGGAAAUUCCUGUUCUGCCAGUUUCUUGAAAGUUUAAUGAUUUACCUUUGGGCCUUCAUUCAAUAGAUGAUGAAGUUCAGGAGAUUGAAAAAUAGAUUUUAUGGUAGUCAAAAAUAUAAUCCUGAUAGACUGUGGUGGAGGACUGUGGGUGCCUUGGUGUAGUGUGGUAACAUACACCUGAAGAUGUGUGAUCUUAUAUCUCUAAAUCAUGUAUGGUGUUGCAU